CUUCAUUUUUCGUUAUACAUCCGUUUAUAUACGAUAAAUAUACACACAGUUCACAGAAAUGGCGACUGCCGUGCCGUCGAGAUUCGCAAUUCUCAGCAUUGAUGAUGAUGAUUGUAAGCCGAAGAAAACCCAGAAGAAUGUUACUACUGGUAAGGCAAAUCAAAAAUCUAAAACCAACAAAUCGAAACAGCAACAACAACCAAAAAAGGAUGAUAAGAAAAAACAAAAUAAGGGAAAAAAGAAAAAACCCAAUAAUGAAAAUCAACAAUGGGAACAAUGGAAACAGAAAGAUACAAUGGCUGUCGAGGAAACGUUUGAGCAAGAAUUACAUCAAGCCAUCUUACUAUCAAAGUUGGCUUAUGAAGAGCAACUAGUAAGUGCAGCUAGGUCAGAAAAAGAACAAGAGUCAAAUAAGAAAUCAGGGAAAAAAUCAAAAAAGGCUACUAUGUCAUUGGAGGAAUUCAACAGUAUGGGAUCAAAUACUACUACUCAAAAUACAGUAUUACCUCUGGAAUGCAGUGAUACUAAAUCAAAAGAUUUAGACACAGAAUUUUUUGAAAGAGUGGAGAAAGAAACAAAAGAAGAAAUUACAAAAGAAAAAGAAAAGGAUAUGUUGAAGGCAAGAUUAAAUAAAAUUGAUGAUGAUAUUACAUCUGCACAAUUAAAGGUAGAAGUGGAAAAACGUGAUGAAAUUAUUAAUGAAUUAAGAAAUCAAGUAGAAAAUUUAAAAGAAGAAUUAACACAAGUCAAAGAAAGAAAUAAGAAAUUGUAUCAAAUAUUGUCUCAUGGAGAAAUGAAAGAUAAAGCGUCAGUAUUAGCCGAAGUAGCAAAAUUGCAAGAAAUACGAGAUGAAUUAACGUCGGAAGUAGCAUCUUUACAUGCACAAUUAGAACAAGAAAGAUCCAAAACACGUACUUCUAGUACUGAUGUCAAACCAUCUAAACAAACUAAUAAGAAGAGGCCCGCUAGUGAAAAUGCCUAAACAACAAGAUUAUUUCUGUUGAUUCUAAAGUACUAAACCAUUGUGAUCUAUAAAGCUUAAUUUACUGCUAAUGAUUAAUCAGUUAACAGUCUCAAGACUGAUUCAUAAUCAGUAAAACUUAAGAUCUCAUGAAAAUACAUAUAUUAUAUAUUUGACUUUGAAGCACAUAAAACAAUUUUUUAAGUAAAUAUUUUUUAAACACAUAGAAUGUUUACUCAAUGAAAACAUGAUCAUAUUUUUCUAAACUGCAUAUUUUUAUUUAUAAUUCGAGUUUCAUUUCAUCAUAAUAAGAUACAAAGAUGAUAGUUCCCCUUUUAUUUAAACUCUCUUAUACCGUAAUAGUUAAACUUAAUUUCAGUCAAGUUUAAUCAGGAAAUUAGUGCAAAACUACUUUCAAUACUGAAACUUGACAAUAUAAACAAGUAUCGUUAUCUUCCAAAUUUUGUGCGGACGUACAUUAGUGAGUAUAUAUUAUCUAAAGUAUUUUGUAAUAAAUAUAUUCUACAGCAUUCUUGUUGAUGUUAAUAAUUUCCUCAAUAUUUUGUUAAAGUGGAAUUAAGAUAUUUUCAUAUUGUACAUUUUAGAAGUAAUAACAUUUUAUUAUGCGUGAAUAUUCGUAAAUACAAGAUAUUAAAAAAAUUUUUUC